GACCCGUGGCCCAACUCGGUCCCCACCCUCCGCGACCCUCGCUCUCCCUGCCGUCCCCGGUAGCCUCCGCUGUCUCCUUGUGAUACGAGACUUCCGUUAUCUCUAGAGCUCCCCUUAAUUUCUAGCAAUCCCCAGAGCCCCCACAACCCCCGCAGACCCUGAUCCCUAAUAUUUGAUCGUUCCAGCUCUUCCAGUGAUACAGGAGCUCCCACCUCACCAUUAUUCCUGGACAUCCCCUCUAAGGCCCUUCUCAUAUCAGUCUUACAGAUGGCCCCGUUGCCCCCUGGAGCUCCUAGAGCGCCUCCUCUGCUCCAGAUUCCCCCCUUCUUGCUGCAUCGCCCCUUCCGCAUCUCCUUACCUUCAUGCAUCUAAGACCCCCCGAGGCACCCCCAUCCUCCCUCCAUUUCCUAUCCUCCCGUGCCCCCAUUAUCUAACUCCUGCAGACACCUCCUCUCCUCGCACUUUUCCUCCUUUCCCUCCAUCCCUCCAGACCCUCCCCCAAUUUCUAUCAACUCUUCAGCGUGGCACUUCGCCCCGCGCGAAGUCCGAGCCGAGCACUCGGCCGGUGUCAGCUAUUCUUAGGCGCUUCCGACUGCCCCGGGUGCCCGAAGCCCCCGCCCGCCUCCCGCCCCCACUCCUGCCCCGGGGACGAAGAAGCUCGCGGCCUGGGGGUCCGGGCGGGGCGGCGGCGGGGGGACUCCGAGCCCCCGCCAGCCCCGUGCGCCCUUUGCCCGCAGCGCCGGCGCCCCCCAUGCGCCAGACGGCAGGACGGCGGCGUCGGGGGGCGCCAUGGCCUCGGCGGCGGCGGGCGAAGCGGAGGAAACCACCCGGUUGCGCAAGCCGCGCUUCUCGUUCGAAGAGAACCAGAUUCUGAUCCGUGAGGUGCGCGCCCACUACCCGCAGCUCUACGGCGCGCAGAGCCGUCGGGUGAGCGUGGCCGAGCGACGGCGCGUGUGGGACGGCAUCGCCGCCAAGAUCAACGGUAUCACCAGCUGGAAGCGCACGGGCCAGGAGGUGCAGAAGCGCUGGAACGACUUCAAGCGCCGCACCAAGGAGAAGCUCGCUCGCGUGCCGCACUCCACACAGGGCGCAGGGCCCGCCGCGGAGGACGCCUUCUCCGCGGAAGAGGAGACCAUUUUUGCCAUCCUGGGGCCAGGUGUGGCGGGGCCAGGGACAGGUGCUGGGGCGGAGGAGCCCCCUGCAGCCCCCUCUUCACAGCCGCCGCCCCCAAGUGCCUGCCCCCAGCGCUACGUGUUGUCGGAAGACCGCCGGGAGGACCGACGUGCAGAUACAUCAGCCCACAGCAAGGGGGGCUCCAGCAGCCCGGAGCCAUGGGCCCGGCCCUCCUGCACUCCCCAGGAAGGGGGCUGCCCACGGCCCAAGGAGCGUGAGUCCCCACCCCCUUCAGCCCUGCAGCCGGUCCAGCUGCCUCGCCUGGCCUUGUCUCCACCACCCCCAGCCCCUCCACUGCCACCCCCACUGCCACUGGCCCAAGUGGCACCCUCGCCCCCUAGCCCCCCACCCCCUCCUCGGCCGCCACCCACGCUCUCGGCCUCAGACCCCUCCCUGGACUUCCUGCGGGCCCAGCAGGAGACUGCCAACGCCAUCCGGGAGCUGGCCGGCACCCUUCGACAGGGACUGGCCAAACUGAGCGAGGCCCUGAGCGCUCUGCUGCCCCUUCUGCCAGGAACCCCAGUCGACUCCCUGCCCCCACCUCUGCCCCCACCCCCACCCCCACCCCCACCUCCCAGGCCCGUCCUGCCCCCACCAGCCCCCAAGGUGGAGAUCACCCCAGAGCCCGUGUCUGUGGUGGCUGCUGUGGUGGACGGGGCAGUGGUGGCAGCCAGGGGAGUGAUCAUUGCCCCAAGGAGCGAGGAGGGGGCGCCCCGGCCACCCCCAGCCCCACUCCCUCCACACGACUCCCCGCCACACAAGCGGAGAAAAGGUUUCCCUACACGGAAAAGGCGAGGCCGAUGGAAAUCUCCGUGAAAUCUACUAUCUAUGCUCCUGCCUGCACCCCCUCUCCCCAGCUUGGCGCAGUCGAGGGGGGCGAUGCUCUCUGCCCAUCCCAGCUGCACCCUAGCUCCCUGCUCCAGGGAUGUGAGCACCCACUCCCUGUGCUAGUUAGUGCCUGAUUCUCUGGGGGAGCCUCAGUAAUGGGCCCCCCCCAACCCCUUUCUCUGGUACAGUGCUGUCUGCCUGGCUGCCUCCCUUAACCCUGACUUCUAAGCCAUCAAUUUCAUGUUAUUUAUUAUUGCCCUAUGUGGGGUGGGGAGGGAACCUCUCGGGUCUGCACAUCUCCCCUUCCCUAACAGUUCCUGUUCUUGACUUGAAGAGAAUUGACCCGUGGGGGACUCCCCACCUGCCCAACCCAGACUUUGGAGCGCGUGGGAGUUGUGAGACAAAUCAAAAUAUGGAUGACAAAGAGGAUAUAGCCGUGUAUACCCCAGGGAGAGGAGGCACCGAGUUCUGAUGGGAGAGGUAUAGGUUGGGUUCUCUGCCUACCAUUGCUGUCUCUGACUUCUGGAGCUCAACCCCCUCCUUUCUCCCAGUGGUGACAAGAUAUCAAUAAACUUAUUUUUAAUACAA